CUCUCUUCACUAAUUACGUUUGUCCCUCCUAUGCAUAGAUUUUGUAAUUGCAUUAAUAAUCCUACCAUUCUUUAUCCAUCCAUAAUUUCAACACCUCUAUAAUUCGAACCUUUUCAGGAUAUUCCCCUUAAAUCAUGACUCUUUGCUUCUCUAUUUAAGCCAGCGUUUGGCGUGUGCUAGCCCAGAGCAACUAAUACCCAAGAGAUUAGAGGGAGAUGGGUUCUUCUUCUCCUUCUUCUUCUUCUUCUAAUUACUGUUAUUAUUUUUAUCGUCUCCCUCUUUUGCUUGCUUUAGUUUUGAGCUUUGCUGGUAAUUGUAAUGGAGGAAAGACGAGUUCUUUUGUUAGGAAAGUUGAGAAGGCCAUUGAUAUGCCACUGGAUAGUGAUGUCUUCAGAGUGCCUCCUGGUUACAAUGCACCUCAGCAGGUUCAUAUAACUCAAGGUAGCCUUAAUGGUGGAGCCAUGACAAUAUCAUGGGUGACCCAAGAUGAGCGAGGUUCAAGCAAAGUACUCUACGGCACAUCCGAGCACAAUCUUGAGUUCUCAGCUGAAGGCAGAGUUACUAACUAUACAUACUAUAACUACACUUCAGGCUUUAUCCAUCAUUGUACUCUACGAAGAUUGAAGCACAACGUGAAAUAUUACUAUGAGGUUGGAAUCGAUCAUUCACCUAGAAGAUUUUGGUUCAUUACUCCUCCUCAAGUUGGCCCUGAUGUUCCUUAUACCUUUGGCCUUAUAGGCGAUCUUGGGCAGAGUUAUGAUUCCAACAGUACACUUACUCAUUACGAGAAUAACCCAAUUAAAGGACAGACUGUGCUGUUUGUUGGUGAUCUCUCUUAUGCGGAUAAUUACCCGAAUCAUGAUAAUGAGAGAUGGGAUACUUGGGGGAGAUUUGUGGAGAGGAGCACAGCUUAUCAGCCUUGGAUUUGGACUGCAGGAAACCAUGAGCUUGAUUUUGCUCCUGAAAUCGGUGAGACCAAGCCAUUCAAGCCAUAUAGGCAUAGGUACCAUGUUCCCUAUAAAGCUUCUGGAAGCACAUCCCCAUUCUGGUACUCCAUCAGGCGGGCCUCAGCACAUAUCAUUGUUCUUGCAUCAUAUUCAGCUUACGGUAAAUACACUCCUCAAUACAAGUGGCUUGAAGCUGAGCUGCCAAAAGUUAACAGAACAGAAACACCGUGGCUUAUUGUUCUUUUGCAUUCGCCAUGGUACAAUAGCUACAACUAUCAUUACAUGGAAGGAGAAUCAAUGAGAGUUAUGUUUGAAUCAUGGUUUGUAAAAUAUAAAGUGGAUGUCGUGUUUGCAGGUCAUGUACAUGCCUAUGAACGCAGCGAACGCAUAUCAAAUAUCGCAUACAACAUUGUGAAUGGGGAAUGCAUGCCAACUCCUGAUCAAUCGGCUCCUGUGUACAUAACUAUCGGUGAUGGAGGAAACCUCGAAGGACUUGCCACUAACAUGACAGAGCCACAACCCAGCUACUCUGCGUAUAGAGAAGCAAGCUUUGGACAUGCCACUUUCGAUAUCAAGAACAGAACUCAUGCCUACUAUAGUUGGCACCGGAAUCAGGAUGGUUAUGCUGUAGAAGCUGAUUCAAUGUGGUUUUAUAACCGUUUUUGCCACGCUAUUGAUGAGUCUGCUAAAUAUUAUUCAUAAUAUUGGAUGUAAACUUACAUUGUUCUUAUUAGUUGUAGAGACAGUCUUUUUUCCCCACAUUUUGGUUGAGAAUCAUAUAUUCCAGUUAUUGGAUAGACUUAUUUAUCCUCAUACCGGUAAAUAAAUUUAGUUUAGCAUUUUAUGGAUGAA